AAAUCCAGCACAACGCAACUGGAAAGAGACACAGCCGCACAGGAAAAGGAGAAACCACAGAAAAACCACACCAGCACCACUAGCGCCCCACGUGUGGCUGCCCCUCAGCGUUCACACCUCCAUCAACCACUACAACCAAACUCCUGCCGGAACCGGCACCACACAAAACGCAACCACAAAGCACAGCCACGGACUUCCCCACCCAGAGCCACCCCAGAAAACGCUCUGCCCCACGAGCAGCACAGCCCCCAGACCAAACUGGAAACCACAGCCGGCAACUGGCCGCAAGUGGAAAGCGAGGAAGGGGAAGCCGCGCUGGCAACACAUAAAGCUGCCGCCCGGCAGCACCCCCAGCACAGCGCCCACCCGCACCACCAACAAGCCUCAGCAGACUCCUGACCAGCGCCCCCCACGCAGCACCCACGGCCCCACCAUGCCUGCGCCCGCAACCCCACAGCCCCGCCUGCGGCGCGGCGCCCCGCCGCUCCUGCUCCUCCUGACGGCUCUCGCCACCGGCCUCGCCUGCCACCUCCGGCCUCCCCGCGACGACACCUUCCCCUGGCGCAGCCUCCAGCUCCUGCGCGACAUGGCUCCCAGCCCCACACCGCCCUGCCACCACCACCAGGCGCCCGUCUUCCCCGACACCCUCCUGCACAACAGCCACCCGCAGCAAGCCGCCGCCACCGCCCUACGCAUCCUACAGCACCUCUUCCACACCCUCAGCAGCCCCAGCACCCCCCACAACUGGCACAACGACGCACGGCACCAGCUCCUCAACGGCCUCCAGCACCGCAUCCAGCGCCUCCAGCACUGCCUGCCGGACAACGCCACGCUCUUCCCGGGACAAGGGCCCCGCAACGCGCUGCUCACCAUCAACAAAUACUUCCGACACAUCCAGGACUUCCUGCGCGCACACAACCACAGCGCCUGCGCCUGGGACCACGUCCGCCUCGAAGCUCGCCUCUGCUUCCAGCACCUGCACAACCUCACCCGCACCACGCGCAAUUAGCCCAGCGACACCCCGAC